UGAACCCGCCCUAUAUAUUCCCCUUCACUCUGACCCUUUCUUUUCAUAGUAUCUCACGGUCUUUCACCAUGUCUCUUCCAAACCAUGCGGCCUCUUCUGCUGGAGAGCCAUCCGUACAUGCAAUGUUCCAGGACAUUAUGUCAAUGUUGCAGCAAUCUCAAACCGACAUUGCUGACCUCAAGCAGGAAUGCUCUGAACUUCGCCAUGCAAAUACCAGCCUUGAGCGUCAAGUGAGGGAGAACAACUUCUAUCGCUCCAAUACCCCAGGAUUUACGAGUCCAACAGCACCUUCUAGUCCACAACUACGCGCCAGAACGCCUUUCCUCACGCCUUCCAUUCCAGCUGUAGUUCCUUCAAUGAUCACUUCGCAAUCUCAUCGUCCUUCUCCUCUAGGCGAUAACGCUUUAUUUUCCUAUUCCAACAACUAUAGCAGUCGCGAAAUACCUGGUUUUUAUGUUGUUAUCCCAGCCGGUGGGGCUGGAACCCGACUAUGGCCACUUUCUCGCGAAAACCAUCCCAAGUUCCUCCUGGAUCUCACGCUUAAGGGCAGAUCACUGAUUCAAGCGACCUGGGACCGUCUUAUCCCUCUUUCAUCACCUCAACGAACUACCAUUGUCGCCGGUCCGAGUCAUGUCAAAGCUAUCCGUGAACAAUUACCCGAACUACUUCCUUCCAACAUAUUCACUGAACCCGGCGCCAAGGAUUCCAUGGCUGCUAUCGGUCUUGCCGCAGCCAUUCUCACUGAACGGGACCCCGACGCCAUCAUCGGUUCGUUUGCUGCGGACCACACGAUAUCUGGCGACGACGCUUUCCUUUACGCUGUUGCUGAAGCCGUCGAGGUCGCCCGAAAUGAUUAUCUGGUUACUAUUGGCAUCGCCCCUGCACAUCCGUCCACUGGCUUCGGAUAUAUUCGAUUGGGUGAGAAGGUGAAGAUCAAUGACGCGCCGAACGCUCGUUUGGUGGAAAGCUUCAAGGAGAAACCCGAUGCUCGGACUGCUGCUUCGUACAUCGCUACCGGUCAUUACAGAUGGAACGCAGGUAUGUUCGUAACCAAGGCCAAGUUCUUGUUACGUCUCUUGAAAGAAUACCGACCUGAUAUGCACGAGGGAUUGGUAAAGAUUGCGAAAGUGUGGGAUGAUGACACUCGGAGGGAUGCAGUGUUAGACCAGGUCUGGCCUUACCUGGAGAAGAUUCCUAUCGAUAACGCGGUUGCGGAACCGGCAGCUGCCGAGGGGCGUGUUGCGGUGGUCCCUGCAACAUUCGGUUGGGACGAUGUCGGUGAUUUCUCUUCCUUGACAGAUAUCUUGCCUGCGGAAGCGAACCGGCCUCGUGUGCUGGGAGACAAUGCACUUGUGUUGACCGACCAAGUUGCAGGUGGGAUCGUCGUCCCAGGCUCAGGGAGACUUAUAUCUUGCCUGGGCGUUGAUGAUCUCGUUAUCGUGGACAUGCCGGAUUGUCUUCUCGUCACCACUCGUGCGCGUUCUCAGGAAGUUAAACGUAUCGUCAAAAAGGCAAAGGACGCAGGAUGGAAGAACCUCCUGUAGUCGGGAUUAUAAUUAUACCCAUCUCGUCUGGAAAGCCAAGGACCACGUAUUUAUAUCACGGGCUGCAUUAUCUUUAUUCGUCACGGGUACAUUGUCUUUCACUUCUGUUUUGGUUCUCUAAUUUGAUUCUUGCUUGGGUACAAUGAGUUUGUGGAAGGAACUAUCUGGUAAAAAAUAAGUGUGAUAUAGUAUUCCCGCCACGAUGUUGACGCGUGUACCGAAGAAAAGCCGUCAGUCCUGCUAGAUCUCGCUGUGCAAGCCCAAGGUUCGAAGGGUACUGUGGGCCUAGGGAAAGGAGCGCAGGAAAACUGUAGAAUGUGUUAAUUAUAUACUGUUUCUAGGCAGCCUCGGGGAUCUUAAGAAAAAAGUAGAACUCACAGGAAGGUCACCGGACUCAAAUGCAUGCCGAGGAUUUAAUCGGCCUGUUGAUCAGGUCCGGAAAUAGAAAAAAUAUCAGCCUGCUCAUUCGUUAUGUUCACUGAGUUCCUUGUACUCUACUUCGUAUCCUCCCAGGCCCCGGCCAAUCCAUCUUCCCAGAACGACAUUGGCUAACCUUCCUGUCCACAUGGGAAAAUCAACGAGCACGACAUCGGCAUGGUCAAGGAAAGCAAGCAUCUGGAAGACGUUCGGGGAUUGACCCUGCAUGACCGCGGAGGAGAGAUAGCCAUAGAAGUUGUGAAUAAAAGUCUCGUCGAAUCUGGUUUGACGAUAUGAAUAUCCAAUGGAUGGGAAAAGACCGACCUCCGCUUUGGCAUCUGGGUCAUUCCAAAACUACAGCUUUUUGAUCAAGAAGAUUCUUCGGAAAAGAAGCAAAAAGCGAAGGACCAUCCCACUUACGGUGUGGUAACGGUAAGGGGGUAUAGUGGCCGUUUCCCCCGCUUGAAGCUUUCCUAGUUUUCCGUCAAUAUCAUAGCACAGGGUGCCACUCUUCUGUAUUCGAAGUGAAUUGCGGAGUUCGGGAACAAGUAUGUCAUUUUGAAGCACUCACAACAUCAAAGAUUUCCGUCUGGUAAAGGUGCCAAUGGUACGGAGCUGGGUCUAUUAUAAGCUUAUCUCUUUCCUCGGAGAAGAUAUCGGUAUGAGCGUACGAGUGGCAGUGGAAGAGCGACCGUUACCAGUGUGUGGAUUAGAAUGCUUGAAGAUCUGUCGGGAAGUGAAAGAUUCGCCAUGGCUUUGAAUGAAAUACGUCUUCAAUGCUCCGUCAAAGAAGUUCCAAGCUCCGUCAGGGUCUCGUUUAGGAGUUUGAAGGGGAACCU